UGUUCUAAUUUUUUUUCCAUUGUUCCUUCUGUUGCUCCACCCGCUCCCGAGGUGGUACCAUCGUUGAACCUUCUUGCCUGACGGAAUUUAGUCUCCCGGAUAAUGAACUUCCAAGACCGUAACGUCAAUCGUGAUUGGUGCAUUCCUCACCCACAUGAUCUUGUCAUAUCAUGCUUGCAAGAAUUGAUCUGGCCCUUCCACCGAAUAUCUCUUGGUGCCGGAGUCAUAUGCAGCCUAACUUAACUCUUUCAUACCGGAAUUACGCUCUCAUAAGUAAUGAUUUAGUAACCGAUCUACUCAUUCAUUAAGGUACGUUGUCACCCUGAUAUGACAGGCGACACCCGAGUCCUUUCACUGCAAAAAUGUAUAUAAGGGCUCGACAAGUAAAAGAGCUGGGAAGCCCUUACUAUUCACCAAAACCUUCUUGCAUGAUGCAGUACCCAAAUCCCUACUCACACAACGGUCACCAUCAGACACAACAACCACAUGUUUCUUCCCACCAUCCCCGACAAUCUUCUUCCAACUCGAACACUAAUACCUCCUCAUAUCCCCAACAAGCACAGGUAUUACCGGGCUACCCGCUCGACAGUACUUUGUCCAAUGGCAUAUUAGGAACCCACACUAGUAAUUCAUUACAACACCCUCCUUUUUCCAACCACCCGCAGCACGGGACAUCACCUGUCAUGGAUACGCGCAGGUCAUAUUAUGCUCCUCCUCCAGUUCCUCCUCCUGCUCCGGCGAAUCAGUCUAAUACUUACUACCCCUCACAUCAUCACCCGUCUGGGCCAGGUCCACAGUAUACGAUGCACUCCCAUUCGCAUGUCGAUCCUCAGACUCUCCAUACUCAUUCAGGACAACAACAAUUCAUCCCAACACCAUCACAGACGUAUCAAGUAUAUUCUAAUGCCGUGCCAUCGAACCCGCGUUCCCGCUCCACCGUUGAACCAUACUAUCAUAUGUCCCCCAAUCCCCAACACACCACCCAGGGCAGUUCACCCCCUACCGCGCCACGUCCUGUGCAUACAUCCCCCUCUACAAACCCAGCACUUAUCGGAGAUCGCUUUCCCUGUGAGCUCUGUGACAGGUCAUUUACUCGUUCGCACGAUAGAAGGAGACAUUAUGAGACCGUGCACGCUACAACUCCCGUCCUACAUCGAUGUCGUUACUGUGGGAAGGAUUUCAGUCGCGCGGACUCACUUAAACGCCACAUCGAUAAUGGAUGCGACGAGAUGUCGCACAAAUAGAUUUGGGAAUGACUUUUUGAUUAUCUCUCAACCCAACUUUUACCAUCCGGGUAUGGUCCUAAUUCUUCAUUUGAGCAUUACCUCCACUACGUUAACCAUCAUGUCAUAUAAUUUUCCGCAGUCCAAUACUUGGAGCGUGCUUGUACUUAUGUGUAUUCUUAACUACUGCACUAGACUCGGAAGGAUCCUCCAGUAGUCCUGCGUUAACUGGUACGCAGUUGCUAAAUACGACGCGAUGCAUAUUGUAAUCUAUUACACAAAUACUCUCAAAUCGCGAAUCCCCUGCUACUUAGCGAGAGCAUGAUAUUUCUGACUAUCGCGCCCACGGCGACGUUGG